CCCUUUCAUUCCAUUUGAAGUUGUAUUAUGAUCACAUAUUAGCUUAUAUAUAUAUAUACAAUAUUUUUUGAAAUUUAGUCUUUCAUGCACUGAAAAUAAAUUAUUUUUCCAAGAUUUAUGCUUUUACAGGAAGUUUUUUCCCUUCUAUCCUCUCCUUGGUUUUAGAAUGCUAACGUGGGCAAGGCAUCUAAGUGGGACACAGGGAGCCUCUUGCAACGAAAAAAUAUUGAUAUAAUUAAUUGUUUUGAUUAUUUUAGAAGUAUUAAGCAUAUUAAAACUGCAUGAUUUGAUCAAGUCUACACUUCUUCAUUGGAUACUUAUCAUGUCUCAGCAUCUUUUUAUUACAAUAUCAAUCCAAACUAAGGGUUACUUACGUUGUAAUCUUUGGCUAGAUUUUGGCUGUAGAAAGUUAAACAUUUUUCUGGCUUCUUGUUGUGUUUUGUAGGACUGGUCUAGUGAAUGUGUGACAAUGGCGAGGUACAGUUAUGUCUAUGGGAGUGAGAGGGAUGAGCUUGCAGAGCCAUCUCAGAGACUGAUAGAGGCUGCUUUGAGUGGAGAUGUAGAGUUUGUGACAGAGAGUUUAAAGUCAAAAACAGUAGAUGUGAAUUAUAUAGGGACUGUAAACUUGAGAGUGAAAUGCAUUGAGACAGUGUUGAGAGAGGAAGAGGCUGAUGAGAUUGAGAUUCAGUACAGGGAUUUUGUCACUGAUGUCACUCCACUUUUUGCUGCUGCUCAUUCAGGUCAUGUUGAAAUUGCCAGGAAAUUGCUGUCAGCUGGAGCUGAUGUGAACCAGGAAUUAUUUCGGGGUUUCGCUACCACAGCUGCUGCUCGCGAAGGUCACUGUGUCCUUCUUGACAUGCUUCUCAAGGCUGGUGCAUCUCAUUUAGCUUGUGAAGAUGCAUUACUCGAAGCUUGCCUUUGUGGUCAAUCUAAAGCUGCAGAAUUAUUGAUCUGCUCAGAGAUGACAGGACCUGAUGUGGCGCAACAUGCACUUGUAUCAGCUAGCUGCCGCGGAUUUGUAGAUGUUGUAACCACCUUGAUCAAGAAUGGAGUAGACAUAAAUUGCACGCGGAGGGUUCUGUUGCAGUCGGUCAAGCCUGCAUUGCACGCGAAUGUCGAUUGUACACCUUUGGUGGCUGCUAUCGUGAGCCGACAAGUUUCAGUGGUUAAAUAUUUGUUAGAGGCAGGUGCAAGAAGCAAUUGCUAUGUUAGGCUGGGAGCUUGGUCAUGGGACAUCUUCUCUGGUGAAGAACUGAGAGUAGGUGCAUGCUUGGGCGAGCCAUAUAAUGAAGUUUGGUGUGCAGUUGAAUAUUAUGAAGCAAGUGGCCAAAUUUUGAACCUUUUGCUUCAGCAUCAGAUUUCAUUCCUUGAGAGUCAACAGCAAGGCCGGAACCUUCUUUGCCAUGCCAUCCUUUGCCACAAUUCAGAUGCCAUGGAUGUGCUUCUCAAUGCUGGUGCUGAUGUUGAGUUCUGCUUAAGGACCAAGAAAGGUCACGAAUUUCGUCCUAUUCAUUUGGCUGCUAGAAUGGGUUGCCUUCGUAUACUAAAACAGGUGAUCUUCUAUGGUUGUGAAGUUGAUUCGAGGACUGAAACUGGUGACACAGCCCUGAUGCUGGCGGCCAAAUCCGAUCAAGCUGAUUGCUUCCUUGAGCUUAUUGUUUCAGGAGCUGAUUUGGGUCUGGUUAACAAUAAUGGUGAGAGUGCAGUGCACUUGGUGAAAAGAAGUGUGUUUGGAUCCUCUUUGGCUGAUAUUUUUCGACAGGCCAUUACCACUGGAAGAAAAGUCCGCUCCUCCAAUCUUGAGGUGUUUUCUUUACUGCACUUCGUUGCUGGAAUUGGUAAUACAGAGCUUUUACAGAUGAUCCUUCAACAUUCGACAGAAGACAUAAGCAAGCAUGAUGGUCUUGGUUUGACACCAGCUAUGGUUGCAGUAAAAGCUGGCCAUACUGAGGUCUUCCGGCUCCUGAUUAAUGCUGGAGCUGACAUCAGCAAGAGGAGCAGGGAUGGUCAGGCAGUAGUGUCUCUUUUGCAGAAUCAUGCCUGUUCCAGUGUGAGGACUCGAUUUGAAGAGAUAUUGCUUGAUGCCGUGCUUAGUCACAAAGUGACUAGUUAUUCUGAGUUUAGAGCUCUGCACUUUGCAGCACAUGUUGGCAACUUGCCUGCGAUAGUUCAGCUAUUGGAAAUGGGAAUCCCUAUAAAUUCUGUGGAUGACAGUGGGCAUUCACCCCUCAUGCUUGCUGCCAGGGAAGGCCACGCUGAUGCCUGCAAGAUAUUGUUGCAAAGAGGUGCUGAUUGCGGGAUUAUCAAUCAGAGAGGAGAGGCAGCGAUAUCUCUGGCUAGGAAAAGCACUAAAUGUAAGGCUGCAGAGCGAGUGAUAUUUGAUUAUUUGGCUCAUUCUCACGUGCUACACGGUGAGGAGCUAUGGAAACACACCCGUGAGGGAAAAGGUUCCCCACAUAUGAAGGUUGUUCAGAUGCUCAAAUCUGGCUUGUUAACGUGGGGAAAGUCAAACCGAAGGAAUGUGGUGUGUAAGGAAGCAGUGGCUGGACCAAGUCCAACGUUUUUGAAGAAUAGGAGAAAGGUAAAUGAGGCUGGAGAUGAGAUGGUUUUCAGGGUGUUAACUGAGACAGGGAGGGAGAUUCAUUUUGAGGCAAGUUCUUCUUCUAGUUUGGAACUUUGGGUCCAUGGCAUAAACCUCAUUACAAAGGAGGCCACUACCGGAGUUUGGUGAUGGAAUUCUUCAGCAUAGAGUGAUACAAAACUGAUUUAUUAUAUAUAGAGAUUGCAUUAUGGUUUCAAAUACUCAAUUUCUUUUCUUCUUUCCUAUCCUAUGUUCUUUGUUUCUAAAGGUUGAAUACGAGUAUAGUGAAUUGAGUGAAAUCAGUAACUC